CCGCAAACCAGUUUGACAGUCCCCGCGAAAGGAACGAGAAACAGAAAGACUUCUGAGAUGGGAAGCAAUCCACUACGACACAAAGUAAUUGACCUCUAUAAAACACUACUUUACCUAGGACAGGAUUACCCUGCAGGUGGAGAUUAUUUCAGGCCGAAGCUUAAGGCAGCGUUCAUGAAGAACAAAGACGUGACAGACCCCAAUGAAAUAGAAAUGCUUCUAGCCCGAGGACAAUAUGUGGUGAAAGAACUUGAGGCCCUUUACAUGCUUAAAAAGUACAGGACACUCAAAAGGCGGUAUUACCCUGAAGAGUCAAAGAUGAAACCUCCGGGGUGAUCAAGGCUGUAGGCUUAGCGUGAUGUGAUUUGCUAUGACUUGUUAAUUUAGUAAGAGGCUAUUAGAGGCAUUAGUAUCAAUGAGUCAAAUGAGUCAAAUAAGUGAAAUUAACUGUUUUCAUUUUUUUAAAUGAAAUAACAGUUUUAGUGCUGUAAAAAAUUAUUGCACUGGGUGAAUUAAUAAUUAAGUGCAUGAGAAAUGUACACUAAAACUCUUCUGGUUAUUAUCAUACGAUUUUUUGUUUGUUUUAAGAAACAUAUUGUAUUAUUUGAAAUUACCAAUUGUUCACUUACAUUGUCAAAUUGAAUAUAAUUAUGUAUAUAUUU